AUGCAGAGAAAGAUCUUCUUUGCUAGGGGCAAAGCAAACGCAGGGGUGUAUCAUAUAAUAGUGAUAACAAAUUUACUAGGCUAUUUGCAGCAGGCCCCGGUAUCUUAUUCUUACACAGAAAUUCAGCUUGUCAGAGCUAAUUUACUGACAUCGUCAAACAUGGCGUUAUCACUGAGGCAGUCAAUUACCAGAAGAUUAUACUCAAAUUCGUGCUUAGCCUACGCCGACUUCUCGGGCACCCUGAAAUCCGACGACCGCCCCAAAGACCCCCCGACUCAUAACCUCCAUGACUCCUCACUAAUCAACAUGCUGGAGCUCAACUCACAGCUCAAGCACCUCACAAAAUCCGGCGACCUGAAAACCGCCCGCAACAUGUUCGACACAUUGCCCAAAAGGGACGAAAUCACCUGGACCACCCUGAUUGCCGGCUACAUCAGCUCCUCAGACACAUCCGAAGCAAUUUCUUUGUUCUAA